AUGUUCAUUACACCCAAAAAGCGCACACAAACCAAUGAAAACGCGACGCCAACGCCCACUUUCGUCAAUCAUUCGGGUCCCCCAACAAAGAAAACCUGCUGUGUACUUCAGCCAAUCACUCCUCAAAUUCGAGAUGAAUCACGCAAGCUGUGGCUGGAGAAGGACAAGGAAGUUGCGAAGGAAAAGAGUCUGCAGGAGCAGCGGGCUGCAGAGGAGAAGCAGAAGCUGGAAACCAGUCGUUUGGAGGAGAUGGAAAGGGUGAGGAUUGCUGCAGGGUACACAUCCCUGUUUGGAUACCUUUCUGAACUUUUUGGCACAAAGGAUUGUCGUCUUUCCUCUCAAGUAUCUCAAAUGCUCAUAGCACAUGGAAAAGAGUUGUUAGAUGCCAUGCACAUCCGUCAAAAGGUUGUGGUGGAUGAAUGGAUGUCAACCCAUUUCCAGGACAAGCUUCGACACGAGGGAUUUUUACUUGGGAGGGUUCUUCAGCCUGAUAGGGGGAAGGAACUAUCUUCCAUCCUCCAGGAGUUCUUGCUUGAGACACUGCUCAAGGAUGCGCAAAGUGUCGCUCCCACUUUAUUCACCUUCCUCUCCAUUUUGUGUGGUGAGCCGGACAAUUCUCAGUCGGACAUAUCCCAAGUGGGUCGGAAGAAAAAAGACGUGAUUAUCUCAACCCUUAUAUGUAUUAUCGCACAAACAAGGAACGAGAAAGCAAGCAAAUUCCAACUGAUUACCUGCAUAUACCUACUGGCCUGUGGCGCAUCCCGUUCUCUGUUCUCCAUUCUCAACCAUGCUGGAUUCUCUCUUUCAUACUCGUCGGCCAUGGGCAAAAUUAAGGACCUGGGUGAGGAGAAGCGGGAAUUUAUGAAGAAGCUCGUGUGUGAACAAGCUUGCCUUGUUGUUUGGGACAAUCUCAACAUCGUGUUUCGAGUAAACGAGCAACGUCAGGCCUCAAAGGAUCAUUUUGAUAAUGGGAUGACAGUGACAUUAAUCCCACUUUACAAUGUCCCUUUUGGCUCAAUUCCACUCUCUUCCCUACAACCACAAAGCACACGUCGCAUCACAUUUGACAUUCAGCCCCAUGUUGAUCUCCUUCCAUCACUUCAACAAGUUACUGAACUUGAGGCCUCCAUGUUAUGGCAAAUCGAAGAGAUCCUCUUCACGGCAUUCCCACAGCUCCAUCAACGUUUCAAGGACAUCAAUCGCGAGCCGCUGUCGGUGUUAUUAAUUCCUGUCCACAAAACUGAACAAUAUCCUCUCCCUGCUGCCCUCAUUGAUGAGUCUACCAUUGAUGGGACAAUCGAAGUCAUGGACCAUAUCUUCUUUUGGACGCUUGGGCUUACUGCAGAGGAAAUUGAGAAGCAUGGCCCAUUUAUUCUUGCAGGGGAUCAGUUAAUGAAUGCCCUCUCUGAUAUGGUCUGUGGUGCUUAUCGGGAUGAUAGAUCACUUGUGGACAACCCGAGCAAGCUUACAAAAACACAGGUAGGGCUGUUCCAUGGCAAAAUUGCUGGCAGUCGUUGUACGGCCAAUGAGCACUGGGGUGUUGCAAAUAGCAAAGCCCCAUGGUCGCUGUGGAGGAUCAACACAUUACUUGGACGAAAGGCGAUAUCAGCAGGUUGGAAUGCCAAACAACUUCCUCCGUUCCGCCCAAUCAUGCAACUUGUACUUCGACUUGCACUUCCUGCCAACAUUCUUGAUGGAUUUCGGCUGUUUUGCCUCAGAAAGGAUUUGAACCAAUGGGUCUCAUCAGUGAGCAGCUACAGCACCAUCAAAGAUGUUGUGAGGCAAGUCUUUGAGCAGCUAUGCUCAGCACGCAGGGUUUCGAAACUUCAAAGAUUGACAGAUUGUGACAUUCCUCAUGAGAACAUUAUUCUAUUCAACCAUGAUGCCCUGAUCCUUGCCGUUCUCACUGCUUCUAUCAAACGGGGUGAUAUUGGUGCAGUGGUCAAUGUGUUGGCACACUGGAUGGGAAAAUGCCAAAAUAUUCUGAUGCAAUGUUCCGCACCAUUAUGGACCUCAAAAUUAUGGAUCCUCAUUUACGGUACACUGUUAUGCUCACAUGGCUUUUUGAAAUUGAUCAACAUUCAUUCAUUAAGACAUGCAUAUCUUAUGAACUGGCUUGCUAAUCUAUUGGGUCGGCCAAACAGCUUCAAGGAAUUGGAUUUACUCCAGGAACAUCAAAACUUUUGGCUCAAGGUUCGACUCUCUUUAUGUUUGCCUUCUUUUCGAGCAACUCAUGUAUUCAAUCUCCCAAAGAUCAUUUAUAAUGCUAAAGGCUCCAACCGUAGCUGGGAGUGGCUCUCUAUGGUGUCCGUCUCAAUAUUUGCCUUGCGUGAUGUCAUCCGUCAAGUGCAAAUGAACUUCAAGACUCCGUACAAUGGCAAGUCACAUACAAGUCCAGCAAUUGACACUGACAUUGCCACAAUUCGAGCCUAUCUUGAGGAACAUACAAUUCAAAUGUAUACUCCAGAACGCCAAAACAACAAAAUGACAAUCCCAGCCCGUGACCUCAUGGCUGCAGGUGCUGCCUAUGCGACUAGUGUUUGA